UUUAAUCCAAAAUGGCAGCCUCCAGCCGCGCACAAGUGUUAGAUCUGUACCGGGCGAUGCUGAGAGAGAGCAAGCAUUUCAGCGCCUACAACUACAGAACGUAUGCUAUCAGGAGGAUACGAGAUGCCUUCAGAGAAAAUAAAAAUGUAAAGGAUCCUGUAGAAAUCCAAGCCCUAGUGAAUAAAGCCAAACGAGACCUUGGAAUCAUUCGUCGACAGGUCCACAUUGGUCAACUGUAUUCGACAGACAAGCUGGUCAUUGAGAACCAAGAGAAGCCCAGGCCCUAGGAAGCCGACUCAGCCGCCAGCAGCAGCCACAGACCAGUUUCAGCCUCCGUUCUGUGUUUGGCAUGGGGCUUCCAGCACCACCUGAACAUAGCCUCUCGCCCUAGC